UUUGAUUGGCCGCUUGGGUAAAAUGACCCCCUCUGGUCUUCCCUACAUAAAUUUUUGGAUUAACAUAAUCUCAGGUGUUUUAUUUAUUUUUUAAACGUAAUCGAACAAAUGCAGACUUUCUUUUUUUAAAUACCAUUAGAUAAAAUUGUCAUUAGGUACUCGAUAGUGUAUGUUAAUUCAAUUUGCAACUGCAAACGUUAAUGUUAGAGACAACUCCAAAACAUACUAGAAAAUAAUCACAAUAUUAGUCAAAAAUAAAACUACAUUAUUCCGUUAUUUGUUUGUGGCAACAUAAUGUCUGCAAAAAUUUUACGGAAAGUGUGCAGUUUAGCGAAAGUCACUAACGUGCAAAAAUUAUGUGCCAGGAAUUUAUUGGUGCCAGUCGUCGUGGAACAAACUGGACGUGGAGAACGAGCUUACGAUAUUUAUUCACGUCUUCUUAAAGAAAGGAUAAUAUGCCUUAUGGGACCGAUAAACGACGAUUUAUCAUCCUUAGUCAUAGCACAAUUGCUCUUCUUGCAAUCGGAAAGUAGUAAAAAGCCAAUUCACAUGUACAUUAAUUCCCCUGGAGGAGUUGUCACUGCUGGUCUGGGAAUCUACGACACAAUGCAAUACGUUCUACCCCCUGUGGCUACGUGGUGCGUUGGUCAGGCGUGUUCUAUGGCCAGCUUGCUUUUAGCUUCUGGAGCUCCAGGUAUGCGGCAUUCCCUUCCAAAUGCCAGAAUCAUGAUACAUCAGCCUUCAGGGGGAGCUCAAGGUCAAGCUACUGAUAUUCAAAUUGCGGCGGAAGAAAUGCUCAAACUCAAAAAGCAAAUUAACGGCCUUUACGCGAAACAUACCGGUAUCGACCUAGUUACAAUUCAGAACAGCAUGGAACGUGACAAGUUUAUGUCUCCUUCUGAAGCAAAAGAAUUUGGAUUAAUUGACAAAAUACUGGAACACCCUCUUCAAGAAAGAGAACAGAACACGAGUUCAUCUAGAUUGACUGGAGACGCUGCAGUAAGUAGUUCGUGAUUCUAAUAGUAAAUGAAGUGGACUUUUUAUCACUAAAUAAAUAUCCGUUAUUACUGUAAAACAUUUUUAUUAAUAAUAAUAUUGAACAUAAACAUCGUUA